AUGCCCUUGGCCGCAUCCCGUGACAGCCGCCAGCAGCGCUUCCUGCGGCGCCGCACAGCCGGGCUCUGCGCCGUGUUUUCCUCGGCCACGAUGCUGCCGCACUGGGACGAGCUGCUGCAGGUCGAGGUCAGCGUGGGCCACUACGGCAACCGGGCCGAGGGCUCGUGCAAGGCAGCCACCACGGCCACGCAGCACGGCCGGCCCAUCUAUGACGGCAACCGCUACUACUACCUGCCCUGGUUUGACACCAAGCCCGUGGUGGCCCUCACCUCGUCCUGGGAGGACAUGAGCCACCGCUGGGACGUACUCAACGCUCUGCAGGCCGUGCACGACCGCCUGGUGCGAGGGGCAUGGGGACACUGCGGGGGGAUCUGCUGCAUGUUCCCAAGCCCGAGUGCCAUCCAGCCUCAUGCCCACUGGCAGGAGCACAACCUGGCAUCCCUGCGCCGCCUCCGAGCCCACGAUGCAGACUGGGAUGAGGCUGGGAAGCGGCUGCUCCGCGACCUGCUGGAAGGUUGCAAGAAGGUGCUGCUGGGGCUGGAAGCGCAGGCCACGGUCACGGUGCUGGACGGGCACCUGCGGGCCGCGCGCGUCCAGCUGCUGCAGCAGCUCGAGAGCGCCGCGCGCGACGCCAGACCCAGCUACUUCCAGCUGCGCUGCUACAUCUUCCAGGCAAUGGAUCUGGCACCUGGUGGUGCCAAGGACACUGCAGACCCAGUGGCCCACGUGUCCUUCGUGCACCUGAGCCAGAGCACGCGAGUGCUGGAGGGCACCCUGGAGCCCCGCUGGGACCAGACGCUGCUCUUCGAGCGGGUGCUGCUGCACGGGGACCCGCAGGGCGCCCGUGCCGAGCCCCCUCCCGUGGUAGUGGAGGUCUUCGACCAGGACGGCGGGGGCGCUGGCACCUUCCUGGGCCGCAGCGUGUGCCGCCCAGCCGUGUGCCUGGACGUGGGGGGCCGGCGGCUGCCCCGGCUCCACCACACCUCAGGGCUGGAUGGCCCAGGUGAGUAG